UUGAUGCCAUCGGACGUGACUUGUAUUUAUUUGAUAUUUUUGUUUCGUGGACGGGCCAGCGAAAACGAAAACACUCGCUAUAAAAUAAACAAAAAACUAUUUUUAGGCUGCAAAUCUGAAAUAUAUUUUCUCGAUCAACUGCAGCCAGGAGCAUAGAACCCAUAAUAAUGGACUGCAAAUCGCGACGCGGCACCAAAAUAUCGGUGAUCGCCCUGGGAAGUGCCCUCUGUUUCGUUAUGAUGGCAUACUUUGUGUUCGGCGAUAGCAACGACGAGCAGGGUCUGCGGAAUCUACGCAUGAUAUCCAUACUGUUUCGACACGGGGCCAAGAAUCCGAGUGGCUUCUAUCCGCUGGAUCCGCAUGCAGCGCACGAUUGGCAGGGCGGCAUGGGUGCCCUCACACCGAAAGGCAGUCUUCAGGCCUACAACCUGGGGAAGAAUCUGCGCAUGCGCUACUACCGGCUGCUCCCCUCGAACAGCCUCUACACCCAGCAGCAGGUGCAUGUCCUCAGUUCGGCGGCGGAACGCUGUGUGAUGAGCGCCCAGAGCGUCUUGGCGGGCAUGAUGCCGCCGCUGGAGAAUAACAAUGUUCUGCCCAUCCCGUGGCAACCUGUGGCCGUGAAUACGCUAUCGCGAAACGAUGAUAUUCUUUUGGCCCAAAAGAAACCCUGCUUGAAGUACGACCACAUCCUGCAAAAACUCUACAAAGCUCCGCCUGCGGAACUUCAGAAACUGAACGAAAAUAACCUGGAGUUGUACAAACUGUUAACAAAAAAUACAGGCAAGAACAUUUCAAAUGUUCUGGAUGUGGAACUUCUAUAUGGCACACUUAAAACUGAAGUGGAGGCUGGUCUGGUGCUGCCCGACUGGACUGAGAACAUAUAUCCCGAAGAGAUCAGACCGCUGGCUGAACGAAGCUAUACGCUUUUCACAGAAACCAAUCUGAUGAAGCGGAUUAAAGGUGGAGCCUUUCUCACGGAAAUACUUAUCAAAAUGCAGAAUAAGCGAAAGCGCAACCUGAAUCCCGAUCGGAAAAUAUUCCUGUAUUCUGGGCACGAUGUGACGUUGGUUAAUGUUAUGAAUUCCUUGGGAAUACUAGAUCAGACUACAAAGCUUCCCGAAUACGCAUCGGCACUAGCUUUUGAACUCCAUCACAGCAAGUCUUUCAGUGAUGGUGACUUUGAAGUAAAGUUGGUUUACUAUUACAACAGCGAAGACAAAUUCCCCAAGGAGUUGACCAUUCCUAAUUGCGAUGCCCCUUGCUCGCUGACCCAGUUUGAAGCCUCUGUGAAGGCCCUACUCUUGGAUAACUAUGAUGAGACCUGCGAAAAUCAUCCUACUGACUGCAAAAACUGAGAUUUUUUCCAUUGUUAUCGUUUCUGCCUGUUUAAAGUGUGUUGCUCUGGGCAUUUCAAAGAAAUGUUUUGUUUUUGGUAAAAACUCAGUAUAAAAUAAAUUGUUACAUUAAAUAGUUUUAACAGA